AUUCCAGCUGUUUGCACGGCUAUUUUCUCUGUGUUAAAAGAGGAAAUUAAGGCUCCAGAUAACUCGGAAGAGUGGCUAAAAAUUUCUGACGAGUUUUAUAGAUUGUGGAAUUCUCCCAACUGCAUUGGAGCGCUUGAUGGGAAACACAUCAGCGUUGUUCCUCCGCCCAAUUCUGGAUCACUUUAUUAUAACUACAAACAUUUUAAUAGUAUCGUACUUCUAGCCUUAGUAGAUGCCAAUUUGAAAUUUUUUUACGUGGACAUUGGUACCAAUGGAAGAGUUAGUGACGGUGGAGUUUUCCACAAAAGUACUCUGAAAAAUAAUAUUGAGCAAAAAAACCUAAACAUUCCAGGGUGGCAGUUUCUCCCAGACACAGAGGAACCUGCUCCUUUUGUGAUUGUGGCAGACGACGCCUUUCCCUUGGAGGAGUAUCUUCUAAAGCCGUAUCCGGGGAAAUUCCUGGAUUUAACGUGCAGGAUAUUGAAGUAUAGGCUGUCUAGAGCUCGAAGGGUAUCGGAGAAUGCGUUUGGCAUUUUGGCUUCUCGAUUUCGCAUUUUUCAAACUCCGAUUUUGUCAGGUCCUGCUAAGGCAAAACAAAUUGUUUUGGCUGCAUGCUCACUGCACAAUUUCUUGAGGUCAAGAUGCUUUGAGCUGUAUACUCCGAUACCCAGCUUAGAUCGAGAAGACCUAGCCCAAAAGAAAAUUCUCCAAGGCAGCUGGAGAAAUGAUACAAAACCUUUAAUUUCUCUGGCUAAGGAUGGGAGAAAGAGGUCCUUUGUUGCCAAGGCAAUCAGGACAAAUUUUCUCAAUUUUUUAAUGGGUCUGGUGCUGUUCCUUGGCAGGAGGACAUGUGCGAUUUGCACUAAAUCUAUUUUACAUGCAAUUGUAUCACUUUUCGUACCAAAAAUAUUUUUCAUCGAUUUCCUAUUUUUUAAAUGAAAGCAUAAAACUAUCAAUAUCGUCAAUAUGUCCAAAUUUUUAAAAAUGUUAAAUUUUUUAUCCUGGAUAUUUAUAAUAUUACAAAAUUUUUUGUUUCUAUGAAAGUUUGGCUGUAUAUACUUAUUUCCAAUCAAUUGUACAUAUCUACUUGUAAAUAAAUUUUUAUAUAUUCUAUAAUGAUUGUACUUAUAUUUUUUGUGAUCAAAUAAAUAAUUUUUUAACCUCUUUUAAUACAUUCUUGAAGUAUAUUGUAUUGGCUUGAACAAUUUAAAUACAACGCAUUUUAACAUUUUUCCUUUUAGGAGAAACUACAGAACUGCUAUUGUAUAAGCUAAUUUGAAUUUUAAAUAAGGAUUUCUUCUAAUAACAAUUUUACAAAUAUUGUUUAUUUGGUAUGUACUUGAUAUAUAG